AUGUCCAACGUUUCUCUGCUUCCUAUGGCGGCAGGUAGUGACGACGAUCAGCAGGGGAUGGUGAGCGAGUCCCCCAUUCGAAGAACAGCGUUUGCUGCCGUCAUGGAAGCGGAGGCACCAGAGAAGCUGGUGGCACGGGUUGGACGGAGUCAUCAAAGAUAUGCGGAAGGGGUUCGUCUCGUUGCUGGGUGCAUUCCCUUCCGCGUUCUUAACGAGGAUCAGGACGGCAGACAAACAACAGAGCAGCUUCAAGUUCUAAUGAUCACAUCGCAACAUGGUGAAGGCUUAAUAUUUCCAAAGGGUGGCUGGGAGACGGAUGAGACUGCUGAACAGGCUGCGUGCCGAGAAGCUAUGGAAGAAGCUGGGGUUCGAGGGAUUAUACAGGGCAGAAUAGGUUCGUGGAUGUUUAAGAGCAAGCGAUUACGCACGGCGGAGUGUAAAGACGGCGAGUGCUGUGCGCACAUGUUCAGCCUUGCCGUGGCCGAGCUGCUCACUGUCUGGCCCGAAAUGAGCCGCCGUAGCCGUCACUGGGUGUCAAUACCAGAGGCCAUACAGCGGUGUAGGCAUGAUUGGAUGAGGGAUGCUCUGAGGCAGUGGUGUGACCAGCAGCAGCCAGUUUUUAAGCUUCCACCUGCCUGA